AUGAUCAAGCUCGCCGCGUCUUUCGUCGCUCUCAUUGCCUUCAUGCCAUAUGUGACCGCCCAGCAGGUUGUCUGGGGACAGUGUGGCGGUAUCGGUUGGACUGGCGCCACGACCUGUGUCUCCGGGACUGUCUGCACCACAUACAGUGACUAUUACUCGCAAUGCGUGCCCAGCUCCAACGCACCUACCACUGCCCCGGCGAGUUCCACUGGCAGCUCACCAACUAGCACGGCCUCCUCGCCAGGAGCGACGUCAACCGCGAAACUGAACACCGUCGCAAAGGCUGCCGGAAAGCUCUACUUUGGGUCAGCAACCGACAACCCCGAGUUGACUGAUACUGCCUACGUCGCUAUUUUGAGCGACUCGGCACAGUUUGGUCAAAUCACGCCUGGCAACAGCAUGAAAUGGGACGCUACAGAACCCGAGCGUGGUACGUUCACAUUCUCAGGGGGUGACCAGAUCGCCACGUUGGCCAAGAACAAUGGCCAGCUUCUCCGCGGACAUAACUGCGUGUGGUACAGCCAAUUGCCGUCAUGGGUAACUGCUGGCAACUUCAAUGCUUCGACUCUGGCGAGUAUCAUCACAACCCACUGCAGCACUGUCGUUGGGCACUACAAAGGGCAAAUAUACUCCUGGGACGUUGUGAACGAGCCCUUCAACGACGAUGGCACCUGGCGCACGGAUGUCUUUUACAACACGCUCGGGACCUCGUAUGUGACGACUGCUCUCGAGGCUGCAAAGUCGGCCGAUUCGAAUGCCAAGCUCUACAUCAACGAAUACAACCUCGAAUACGCCAGUGGAAAAUCCACCGCCAUGAUCAACCUCGUCAAGUCUCUCCAAGCUGCGGGUACUCCAAUUGACGGUGUUGGGCUGCAAGGCCACCUGAUCGUCGGAACUGUCCCCACUGCCAUUCAGUCGCAGCUUUCUUCCUUCACUGCUUUGGGCAUAGAGGUAGCAAUCACUGAGCUUGACAUCCGCAUGACCCUACCAGCCACGGCGGCGCUCCUCGCCCAGCAGAAGACGGACUAUGAGAACGUCAUCAAGGCCUGCAAUGCCGUCCCGAAAUGUAUCGGUGUGACUACCUGGGACUACACUGACAAGUACAGCUGGGUGCCCUCGACCUUCCCAGGACAAGGAGCUGCGCUUCCUUGGGACGAGAACUUGGUCAAGAAACCUGCUUUCGAUGGCAUUGUCGCCGGAUUUGCUUGA